GAUUGAUAUGCGGAUAGACCAAUGCUAUCGCUAGUUGCCUAUAGGCUAGCCAACCGCACGCGUUACGGUACACGUAACUUUGUAAAUAGUUAGCUGCUAGCCUUGCAGUUGCUAAUCAAACUGGUUGACUCGUGGCACUGAAAGAUGUCUCGAGAACAGCUGGUAGUACAACGGGCCAGGAAGUCCUUCCAGACUGGGAAAACCAAACCUCUGGAGUUCAGGAUCCACCAGCUAAAGAACUUGCUCCGCUUCAUCUCAGAACGAAGGAGUGACAUUGCAGGUGCUGUUAAAAGAGACCUGGGCAAGAGUGAACAUGGGACAGAACUCUUUGAGACCUUGGGGCUGGAGGGAGAGAUCAAGCUGGCGAUAGAGAAACUGGCAGAGUGGGCGGCUCCUCGGCCAGUAGAGAAGAACCUUCUCACCAUAUCGGAUGAGGUGUAUGUGCAGCCGGAGCCUCUGGGAGUGGUGCUCAUCAUUGGGGCUUGGAACUACCCCUGGGCUAUCACCCUUCAGCCACUGGUUGGAGCUAUUGCUGCUGGUAAUGCAGCAGUAAUAAAGCCAUCUGAGGUCAGCUCUCACUCUUCCAAGGUCAUGGAGGAGCUUCUCCUUCAGUAUCUAGACAAAGACCUGUACCCAGUGGUGACUGGUGGAGUGCCAGAGACCCAGGAGCUGCUGAAGCAGAGAUUUGACCACGUUUUCUACACAGGAAACAGCACAGUGGGUAAGCUGGUGAUGGAGGCUGCAGCUCGCCACCUCACCCCAGUGACGCUGGAGCUGGGAGGAAAGAGUCCCUGCUACAUCGACAAGAACUGUGACAUCAGAACCGCCUGCCGUCGCAUCACGUGGGGAAAAUUUGUCAACUGUGGCCAGACGUGCAUCGCUCCAGACUACGUCCUGUGUGAACCCUCCAUCCAGAGCCGAGUAGUGGAAGAGAUCAACAAGAGCAUCAAGGAGUUUUACACAGACAGUCCAAAAAACUUUGAGGACUACGGACGCAUUAUCAACCAGCGCCACUUUAAGAGGAUCAUGGCUCUCAUGGAGGGAAGCACAGUUGCUGUCGGUGGAGACAGUGAUGAAUCCCAGUGCUACAUAGCCCCCACUGUGCUGAAGGAUGUGACGGCGGAAUCCAAAGUGAUGAAGGAGGAGAUCUUUGGGCCACUGCUGCCCAUCAUCACAGUGAGCGGUGUAGACGAGGCCAUCCAGUUUAUCAAUGAGAGAGAAAAGCCUCUGGUUGUAUACGUCUUCUCCAGUGACAACAAGCUGAUCAAAAGGGUGAUAGCUGAGACUUCCAGUGGAGCCCUGCUGGCUAAUGACUGUCUGGUACACUACACUGUUAGUGCUCUGCCCUUUGGAGGAGUCGGUAACAGUGGUAUGGGCUGUUACCACGGCCGGCACAGCUUUGACCAGCUCAGCCACCUGCGCAGCUGUCUGAUCAAGCAGCUGAAGAUGGAGGGAGUCAACAGCAUGCGCUACCCUCCUCACACAGCCAAAAAGCUGGGCUGGGCUCGAUUCUUUCUGCUCAAGCAGGUCAACGUGUGCAGGCUGCGACGCAUGGCGCUGCUCGCCAUGUUGGCAGGCCUAGCAGCAUUUGUGGUGCAGAGGUUCUUGCGGUGAGGCUGAGGAGCAGAGAGACUGCUGGCCUGAGGUGAACCCUGUAUAGUUGUAGGUGGACUCCUGACCUAAAGUGCUAUUCAGCACUCCUGUCAUUUCUCCAUGUAAUUUGGUCCAUACCAUUUCUCGUUCACGUAGACGUAUUUAACUUGUGCAUGUUCUUGAAAUAUGUGUUCAGAUUGCCUUUCUGUUACACAUUAAGCUGCUAUUGUAGUUUUUUGUUGUUUUAAAUCAGUUUUAUCACUAUACAAUUUGUAAUAUUUGAAUUUUAGCUUACGUAGAGAGAUUUUACCUAUGAAACAUUUCAUCAGUCCUAAUGAGGCUGGCUGUCGGAUGAUUCAUUUCACUAAGUAAUGCGAAUCAAGACACACAAAUGAACUUUUUCAUGAGAAAACAUCUCAGUGAAUAUCAUGUCUGAUUUUAGCGGUGCCAGUUUCGUGCUCUACACUGUAUGCAAUUAAACACUAUGACUCAUUGUUA